GAAAAGCCAAAUAAAAAAGAGAAACAGUGAUAUUUCCGUCACAACACGCGGCGAAGCGAACGCCCAAGGCCCCGACACGGCGCUCACUGUAUUUUGUAGACUUUCUCUCUACCUCUGAUUCUGUCUGCUUCUGCAGUUGGUUUCAUUUUCCCCCAAAGCAAAACAAAUAUGAAUUGCCUUUGUCGCUUUCUGUUUCUGGACUCUUUUGCUCAUGAUGAUCUCACCUUGGAUUCAAGCGUUACUGCUUUUUCGCUCAAAUCUCUCCUCUCUGCUUUAAGCAGAUAGAAGCUUUCAUUUGAGUGAGUACUACUGUUGCACAGUCUGAUAAGGACUGAAACGGAAGCAUUCGGUGAAGGGAAAAGAGUGAUUUUAGUGCGAGUUACAAAACUUCCUGUUUGGUGAAGAAGAAAAAGGAGAACGGCGAUGUCUUCGUGGUCUCCGUUACUGUCUUCCAGAAACCCGCAGUCAAAUCUGGAACGCCUUCUUCAAUGCGUGACUCCGGUUGUUCCUCCCAGAAUCCUUCCUCGGAGCUGUGUCCAUGAUCUAAACAGUGAAUGGCAGCCACCUGGUAGGAAGGAUAUAGUUGAAUAUUUUACUUUGAGAGAUCUGUGGGAUUGCUACGGUGAAUGGAGUGCAUAUGGAGCUGGCACCCAAGUAUUGCUGAAUAAAGGCGAGAGUGUCAUGCAAUAUUAUGUCCCAUAUCUAUCUGCCAUUCAGAUCUACAGUAAUAAGUCAUCUCUGACUUCCAGAAACCUGAAUCCAAGAGAAUUAACUGAUGCAGUGGAUUUUGAAAGCGAUUGUUGGAGUGAUGACAGUACAAGUGAUGAACUGUCUAGAUCACUGAGCAAUAACUCCAACCGGACUUGGGAUACGAUUUCUGAGGAUUUAAGCAUUGACCAUGAGGGUUCUUUGCUGACAAAAGAUAGGUUUGGUUAUCUUUACCUACAUUACUGUGAGAUAUCUUCUCCAUGCUGGAGGGUUCCACUCAUGGAAAAGAUAACUGAAUUAGCUAAAAAUCAUCCGGGACUGAUGACACUCAAGAAUGUGGAUCUUUCUCCAGCAAGUUUUAUGGCUGUUGCUUGGUACCCUAUUUAUCAUAUUCCUUCUCAAAGAAAUGAUAAGGACCUAUCAACAUGUUUCCUCACUUAUCAUACAUUGUCAUCAUCUUUCCAAGAUUGUGAGAAUGAAUAUGAGCAUGGUGUCAUGGUAGAUCCUUUGGCUGCAACAAGCGUUAAAUCCAAGGGAAAAAACAGUACUGGAAUUUCGCUUCCUCCGUUCGGGAUGGCUACUUACAAGAUGCAAGGUGGUGUUUGGGUAAAUCCAGUAACGUCCGACUUUGAAAGAAUGAUCUAUCUUCGUAACGCUGCAGAUUCCUGGUUGAAGCAGCUCGACUUCCACCAUCCCGAUUACAACUUUUUUGUCUAUCACACUCCCAUUUCCGAGGAAAUUACCCAGUGAUGAUGCGUUUUGCUGAGUCAAAUGUAAAUUGUGUAGCCCUGAAAUGACGAAUUGGAAACCCGUUAUAGCAAGUGGCUUGUUCCAGAAAGCUUUGACAUGGUAGGCUCUUUUUUUUUUUUUUUUUUUUUGAAUAUAUAUGUAAUGGACUGUGGGGAAGAAUAAGAGGGGAAAGAAAAAGAGUGCAUUUACUUAUUGUCUGUAAGACUCUGUUAACCUGUAAACGGAAUGUUUCAGUUUAGUGGAACAUGCUCUUUUUUUUUUU